AGACCGUGCUCCCCGCCAGCCCCGCUGCCGCUGCCCCCCGAGCCGCCCGCGGCUCCCCCUCAGCGCCGCCCGCUGCCCCCGCCGCACUUUUCGCUCCUCCCGAGGAUGAGGCGGCCGACGCGGCGGCUGGCGCUGUCUCUGUUGGGGGUGCUCUGGCUCGCCGCCCUCCUCCUCUUCUUCUUCGGGGCGCGGAGGAAGUUGGAGGUGCCGGAGCCCGAGGGACACUCGCCGGAGGAGUCGGAGGCGGACUGGGACGACCUGUGGGAUCAGUUUGAAGAGCGGAGGUACCUGAGCGCACGGAGGUGGAAGGGCGGCGAGGACCCGUACCGGCUGCAUGCCUUCAACCAGCGGGAGAGCGAGAGGAUCCCCAGUGACCGAGCUGUCCGCGACACCCGCCACCACAGGUGUACGACUUUGCACUACAGCCAGGACCUCCCGCCCACCAGCGUGGUCAUCACCUUCCACAACGAGGCCAGGUCCACUCUGCUGAGGACAAUCCGGAGCGUGCUGAACCGCACCCCAGUGCACCUCGUCCAUGAAAUCAUACUCGUGGAUGACUUCAGCGAUGACCCUGAUGACUGCCGCUUGCUGGGCCAGCUGCCCAAGGUGAAGUGCCUGCGGAACGGCCGGCGGGAAGGUCUGAUCCGAUCCCGAAUCCGAGGGGCAGACGUGGCCAAAGCAGGUGUCCUGACCUUCCUGGACAGUCACUGCGAGGUGAAUAAGGACUGGCUGCUCCCUCUGCUGCAGAGGAUCAAGGAGGAUCCCACCCGGGUGGUCAGUCCCGUUAUUGACAUCAUCAACCUGGACACUUUUGCCUACGUGGCAGCUUCCUCAGACCUCAGGGGAGGUUUUGACUGGAGUCUGCAUUUCAAAUGGGAGCAGCUUUCCCCAGAGCAGAAGACCAAACGACUUGAUCCCACCGAGCCCAUUAAGACACCCAUCAUUGCUGGGGGGCUGUUUGUGAUCGACAAGGCCUGGUUCAACCACCUGGGGAAGUAUGACAGUGCCAUGGACAUCUGGGGUGGAGAGAACUUUGAAAUCUCUUUCCGUGUGUGGAUGUGUGGAGGGAGCCUGGAAAUCAUCCCCUGCAGCCGUGUUGGGCACGUCUUUAGGAAGAAACAUCCCUACGUCUUUCCAGAGGGAAAUGCCAAUACAUACAUCAAGAACACCAAGCGCACGGCCGAGGUGUGGAUGGACGAGUUCAAGCAGUACUACUAUGCUGCCCGGCCUGCAGCCCAGGGGAGGCCUUUUGGGAACAUCCAGAGCAGAGUGGAGCUGAGGAAGAAGUUGAAAUGCCGCAGCUUCAAGUGGUACCUGGAAAACGUUUAUCCCGAACUUCGGAUUCCCGAGGAAUCGCUCUAUCAGACUGGGAUCAUCAGGCAAAGGCAGAGCUGCCUGGAGUCACACAAGUCUGAAGAGCAGGAGUUCCCCAUCCUGAGCUUGAAUCCUUGUAACAGCACCAAGGGCACAGUGCCAAAGGCACAGGAGUGGACAUACACAUACAACCACCACGUCCGCCAGCAGCAGCUCUGUUUGUCUGUGUACACCCUCUUCCCUGGUUCCCAGGUGCUGCUGUCACCUUGUAAAGAAGGUGACAACAAGCAGCGCUGGGGCAAGGUGGGGUCACACAUCGAGCACAUAGCUACACGCUUCUGCUUGGACACUGAGACCAUUGGGGACACCCACGAGAGCAUCAGGGAGCUGGUCAUCAACCCCUGUGAGAGCACAGCCAUGAGCCAGCGCUGGGACAUGCUGAUGUCUUGACCUGCUGGAGCACGGGCACCGGGACGUGGCCACGCGCGGCUGAGGCGGCACCGGGUGGGGCUUGGAUCCAAACCCUGUGUGCUGUGGGACAGCAGGAGGAGCAUCCAAAUAAAAAUGGGACACUGCACUCCAGGUGGAACGGCGGGUGUUGACCGCCAGGCGUGCAGCUGGUAUUGGCCUGGUGGUGGUCAAGGAGGAGGGAUGGCAGAAAAACAAGCCUGAAGUGUUUUAGAGGGGUACUGGGGCUCCUGCCAUGGGCUGCACAGAACCUCAGCGUGCACAGCGUUGGUUAAUCUCCCUGGAAACGCUGGUGCAAGAGCCUUUAAUGCCUAAAGGAGACUUGGGCUGAGCAAAACAAGCAUCUCAGUAGCUCCUGGGGCUUGAGGUGGGUGCACAAGGUGAGAUGUGCCAAGGGAUGCUCAGAGACGUCGCCAGGGAUCAAGCGGAAGACGCUGAAUUAUUUUUGCACUUUGAUGUGAAUGUUUCUGUCUUCUGCAGACAGCAUGGGUGGAGCUGUGUUGCACAUCUGGAUUGGUACCUGAUGCACGUCCCUGUUGUGUAUCCAAAGGCAGAGCAGUCCUUGAUGGCUCUGGCCAGGAUCAGAGCAGCGAGUGAAGGGGGAAUCCUGCUCUGUGCUGACUGCACACAGUGCUUGUUGAAUCUCCAAAGCCCAAGCAAACAGAGGAUUCACUGUGUGAGAUUAAAGGAUAUACAUUUCUGUCAAGCUGGGAGGAAAGGCAGUAACGUGAUCAUUUCUCCUCUCUGAAGGCCGUGGGUCACUGAAAACUCCUCUAAAAUUUUGCUGUGUGUCUCUCACUGCUCUGCUUCAGAUCUGGACUAAGUCAAAUUUUCACUUUUCUUCCAUAAAAGUAAUAUUUUUGGUAAUUGAAGGUAAUUGUGUCAUAUUUCUGUCUCCCAAUUUCCAAACUACAGAUGAAGGGACUCCCAUAAAAUGCUGCUACUGAUGGAAUGGUGAAGGUUUAAUUUUUAAUUAAAAUUAGAGAUUGCUCCAAGAAAGGAAGAGGGGUAUUACCUGGGUUUGCUUCCCAGUUACCUUGUAGCCCACAAUGUAAAGUACUGAAGGAAAGAUUUGGGAUUCCCCAUUCACACUGGUGAGCAGGGCAGCCUGGGCCAUGAUGUACCUCUGUCUCCAAGUCACUUAGCAUAGCCAGACCAGGCAGAAAUUAUUUCCUUUAUUUAUAUUAUUAUUUCCCAGCUUUUGGAGAUGUCUUUUACCAGAGAUCAUGCCAGGUGCUGCCUCUGUGGAACUGAGGUGACUGCCUGAGGGGAGAGAAGGACAGACAACCUCAGGAGGGGUGUUAGGAAUAGAAGGUCCUUUCCAGCCACAGGUAACAGGUAACAGCAAGAGCUGUGCACACAGCUCUUGUGUACUAACAGCUCUCAAAGAGAACUUCCACAGGACUGUCAAUGUGACUUAAAAAAAAAAUACAUCGUUUCUGUCUAAAAAUGCUAGGAUUUAGUGAAAAUCCUAUCCUUUGUUUCCUGUGCUGCAAACUGCAGGUGAAAUACCAUAAGCUUUAAGCCUUCAAGUGCUCUCAGCAUCCCUUCUUGAAUAAAUUGCUGGCUUUCAGGAUUUUACUGCCUCAGUUUCUCCUCCCUCAGUGCUGGGAGAAAGCCAUUUGGAUAAAUCUUCCCGGCUUUAUAAGCAAAACUAGUAUAGCUCUUUAUGUGCAAAAGGUCACUGGUGCAAAAUGCUUUUCAUGUGCUGCAGUGAUUACUAACCUCAUCAAGCUCCCUUGGUGCCAGCCUCAAGGGCUUCUGUUCUGAGAGGGCUGGAGCAGGCUGUCAUUUCGUGGUGGGAGUGGCAUUGUUUCUGUGCCACCACUCUGCCAGGAAACAAAGGGGAGCCCUUCAAAAGGAAUGGACCCGUUUCACCAAGGAGGGCAGUGACCUUGGGCUCCUUUUUAAUUGAACAUGGACAUAUCACGUGUUCUUCUCACAAUGGUGAUGACAGGCAAGGGGUGGUAAUUCCCUGUCUAGUGUUUACAAGGGAAGGCA